CGAAAAUCCAUUCUGGGACGCUCUCGGCCAUUUCGCGCAGACAAGCCCCAGAACCUGCCAUAUAUGGGUGCGGGGAUUGUCCAGACGCGCGACGCGGGGAAUCUAAGUUGAUCGGAGACGCGCUCCCCACUCUCCUCCCGCCCCUUCCACCCCAUAUAUUAGUACACAGACGCGUCUCACCCGUCUCUCGUCGUCGCGACCCACAUCCUCCCCGUCUGCCUCCCCAUCCCCCAGCAUGACUGACGCGAAGCGCGACGUUCGUUCGCCCAUCCUCUUCGAGUGCGCCUGGGAAGUCGCCAACAAGGUCGGCGGCAUCUACACCGUCAUCAAGACCAAGGUCCCCGUCACCGUCUCCGAGUAUGGCGACAGGUACUGUCUCAUCGGGCCUCUCAGCUACAAGACCGCUCCCAUGGAGGUCGAGGCCCAGGAACCCACCGAUCCCCACCUCGCCGCCACCCUCGAAAACAUGCGCAGUGCCGGUGUCAAGGCCCUCUAUGGCCGAUGGCUGAUCGAGGGCGCACCCCACGUCCUCCUCUUCGACACCGGAAGCCAGUACUCGCGUCUCGACGAGUGGAAAGGCGACCUCUGGAACCUCGCCGGCAUCCCCACCCCACCAAACGACCACGAAACGAACGAGACGAUUGUGUUUGGCUAUAUCGUUGCAUGGUUUCUAGGCGAGUACGUAACGCGUCAGCUCGACACCGCCGUCGUAGCGCACUUCCACGAAUGGCAAGCAGGACUCGCCAUCCCGCUCUGCCGCAAACGUCAUGUCGACGUGACCACCGUCUUCACCACACACGCGACGCUGCUUGGCCGCUAUCUCUGCGCCGGCAGCGUCGACUUCUACAACAACCUCCAGUACUUCGACGUCGAUCACGAGGCUGGCAAGCGCGGCAUCUACCAUCGGUACUGCAUAGAACGUUCCGCCGCGCACUGUGCUGAUGUCUUCACCACGGUCUCCCACAUCACCGCCUACGAGUCGGAGCACCUGCUCAAGCGCAAGCCCGACGGCGUCCUGCCGAACGGUCUCAAUGUCGUCAAAUUCCAGGCGAUGCACGAGUUCCAGAAUUUGCACCAGACGGCCAAGGCGAAGAUCCACGAGUUCGCGCGCGGCCAUUUCUAUGGCCACUUCAACUUCAGUCUUGACGAUACGCUCUACAUGUUCACUGCUGGUCGGUAUGAGUAUCGCAACAAGGGUGUAGACAUGUAUAUCGAGGCCUUGGCUCGCCUCAACUUUCGUCUCAAGAAGUCGGGCUCGAAGGCCAACGUCAUUGCUUUCAUCAUCAUGCCGGCCGCGACGCACUCAUACACAAUCGACGCGCUCAAGGGUCAAGCCGUCACGAAGCAGUUGCGGGAUACGGUCGCGGAGAUUCAGAAUAGGAUCGGAGCACGGUUAUUUGAACACGCUAUCCGGUCUAAUGGCGAGCACGGUACGCUACCAACGCCAGACGACCUCCUCUCCGAAGAGGACAAGGUGCUUCUCAAGCGCCGCAUCUUCGCCUUGAAGCGCAACGCCCUCCCGCCAGUCACGACACACAACAUGGCCGACGACGCGAACGACCCAAUCCUGAACCAGAUCCGCAGAGUGCAGUUGUUCAAUAACGACAACGAUCGCGUCAAGAUCGUGUUCCACCCGGACUUCCUGAAUUCCAACAAUCCUGUCCUUGGGCUUGACUACGAGGAGUUCGUGCGCGGAUGCCACCUUGGUGUGUUCCCGAGUUAUUAUGAGCCAUGGGGGUACACUCCGGCGGAGUGCACGGUGAUGGGUAUUCCCUCGGUGACGACGAACUUGUCCGGCUUCGGCUGCUUCAUGCAAGACCUCAUCGAGCGACCAGAGGACGAGGGGUGCUACAUCGUCGACCGGCGCUCGCAGUCGGUCGAGGACUCCGUGAGCCAGCUGACGGAUUGCAUCUUCAGCUUCUGCCAGAAGACGCGGCGGCAGCGGAUCAACCAGCGGAACCGCGUCGAGCGGCUGAGCCCGCUGCUCGACUGGAAGAACCUCGGCAUCGAGUACUCUAAGGCGCGCCAGCUCGCGCUGCGCCGCGCGUACCCGGACGCGUUCUACGGCGCGGGCGCGGAGGGCGAGGAGGAGGAGUUCGAGAUGGGCAUGGAGCGCAUGAUGCCGAACUCGGUCCCUGCGAGCCCGAGGUGGAGGAUGUCAGGCAUCGCGACCCCGGGUGAUAUUGGGACGCUCACGGAGGAGAUGCAGGCGCUGGGCACGAGCGAUUACCGUGGCCAUCCCUGGCCGUCGCAGGCUGAUGACGAGGACGAAGGCUAUCCAUUCCCUCUUGUCAUGAAGGUGCGGUCACGCGCGAGCUCAGUCAUGUCGGGCGCGAGCACGCCGGGAGGCGGCAAGUCGAACAGUUUGAGCGAGGGUGAUCUCCGCCAGGCGGAUGCAGCGCUGAGUCAAGUAAAUGGUGUGAACGGAGUGAACGGGGGGCACUGAGACGGGAUUGACAUGUAAAUGACAAUGAACGAAAUGACACAUAUAUAUUGUGGAUGGUACAGGAUGGGCUACUGUGGCUGACCCAGCUUUGAACGCGUUUGCAAAGCUGUCCCACGCCGUCUAGAUCGGAGGGUCCGCGGUUUUUGCCUCGUAGUACCGAUCUUGUACUUAUUAGCCACCCUCAAAGUUUGCGUACAAAUGGGCGCUACACACCCAGGGACUACACAAAUCCGACAAAGCUGUAGCUGAUGUCAGUAGUAGAAGCAGGCUCCUUCCCAUCCACCAGGGGGGGAAGAGGGAUAUGUCGAGAGCAAAAUACAAUGCUUUGUGUCGAUGUGC